AAGCUGGUGGGGAAGUAUUUGAUAUCUUGACGGGUCUUCAGUCUGCCACAAAUGAUCAGAUAGAAGAGAUUUUCCAAAUACUGGAGACAGCCGGCGCACAAAAUAUCCGCAAAUGGGCAAGUGUGGAAGUCCUCAAAAGUGCAUUGACACAUUUCAUGGCUCGCUUGUUUCUAGAAAAAGCUAAAUCUGACAAGGAUUUCCUUAAAAAGUUCGUUCACGAGUGUCUCCCACCAGAAUGCAGAGACUUUCCUAAAGUCCCUCCCGCAGCCUGGGGCUUGCCAGGAGUCCUGUUAUUUGGCGCUGGAGCGAUCAGCCCAUUUGCGUUGGUGACAAUGCCUGUUGCUCUUUACACAAGUUACAGAGCAAGCGAAAGUAUUUAUUCAUCAGCGGGGUCAUCCAUCAGACAGGCUACGAAAGAAGACGUUAGAGAAGUGCAAAGAAAAGCCGAGCCCGAGUUAGUAAAAAAUGAUGAAACCAACCGAGUAAGACAGAGAGAGUUUACACCUCGCAUAUUCAAUGUGAAAGAAGCUUCAGAUAUCUUACAUGGAUACAUCGAUGAAGAAGAACUCUCUAAAGAAAGGAGCCAAGAAUUAUUACGAAGCAUCGAGCCCUACAUUUACGGUGGAACGCCCAUGUACGAAGCAAUUACCAGGGCGACAGAAUGUUUUGAGAAAAACGCGUUUAAAUUUUCAAGUCACAAAAAGCUGCUGUUUGUCUUGUCAGACGGGAAGCCUGCAGAUGGAAAAGCGGAUGAUUGGACAAGAAUAGAGAGAGCCGUCAGAAGAUUAAACAACGCCGGUGUGACCGUGGUGAGCUGCUUUGUUACUACAUCCACAAGGAUUGAUCCUAGACGAUUGUACAGCGAGAAGAGAGAUGACUGGGAACUGGCAGCUAAGUUCCUUUUCUCACUGAGCUCAACAUUGCCCACGCAGUCGAUACCACGCUCCAUGUUUGUCAAACGCGAAUGGUCUAUUGAGACCACGAACAACGAAACAUGCUUGUUCCUGCACGUCAAUCAUCCCGACCAUCUACGAGAGGCUUGCCAGCUGGCUCGAGAAGUCGUCUGUUCUCAAGAGGCGUUAUCUGAUUUGCUUGCAGACGUCGACCUCGAUGUCUACAUAAACCAGUCCGUGAGUGACUACGAAGCACAAGAAAAGCAAGAAGGACACACCUGCUAUGCACAUGCAUCUGCUACAGUGCUUCAUUUGGCCAUGACCAGAAUUCAUGGUCGCGAAGGCGGUAUUCCAACUUUCAAAGAAUUGAAAGAUGAAAUGAUCGGUGAGUUUGGAAAAGAAGCGACCAGUAUCAACAAAGUGUUAAUGGCAAUGUGCAAAAAGUACCGUUUACGUUACAAGCAAGUUGACCUCUGCGGUGCCAUGGAAGCGGUCGCUUCAAGCCGACCAGUUGUUGCUACAUUUAAGCUUACCCACGAUGAGUGGGGAAAGUUUAAAGAGUUUUUCGAAACUAAUGGAAAAGGUGUUUUGACAAAGAAAGAGAUCGAUAUGUCAGCCCGUCUUCCAAAUAUCCCAAGAAGGUUUGGCCAUGCAGUAGUUCUAACCAGUUUCAACAGCGAAUAUUUGCGACUGCUGAAUUCCUGGGGACACGACUGGGGAGACUACGGCUUUUUCCAAGUACAGAACGCAGAAGUCCUUGGAUUCAAAUUUAUUGAUGUUUACUGGGAAGUAGACGACCUAAACAAAGAGGAAAAAAACUCUUUCCAGGAACUUGGGUCCAAACGUGCCAAAUGGCUAAUGGAAACUUUGCCGAGUCUUCAGCGAGAUGAUAACACCGUGACGUGUCCCAGUUGCCGGAAGGAUUCACCGGUCAAGGAUUUUACUGGAAAUUUGCUGCGAGCAAAGUGCCCCAAAUGCAAAGGAAGAUUUCAUGUAAAAGAUGCUCCCAAAGGAAACAUUUUGGUUCUUAAUAUAUAUCUUACUUCUUUAAUUUCAAGUAAAUAAGUUUAUAGUCUGUAUGUAUAUCACACUGAUUCAAGAAUAAUUAGCCCUUUUUACUCGAGGAGAAGAUGAUUUUCACCGGGACACAGCAAUGUUUAUUUAGGUAACGAAUCGAAAGUAUCCAACAUCUUUGUUGAAGGAAUGAAGGAAUCAGGUCUUCACUUCGAAUUUCGCGGAAUUUUAUGAAUGGUUGUGACUGUCUUUCAAUAGCUAUGCAUUAAUAACUUCUUGAAGACUAAAAAAUAAUAAACAGACUAAAGGGCAUAUGUGUUAGGGGAAUUAGAAAACGAGCUUUAUUUUUGCAGAGUGACGUGCUCAAGGAUGCUUUACCAAACGAUGAAGACAUUUUGUAAUUAAAAAAAUGCUAGAUUUUUCUUCGAUCUAGGACGAAUUUCAAUAGCGCCAAUUCUUGGGAGAAUCUUGAUACAUUAACAACUUCUUCCAGACUAAAAAUGCCAAAUAGACUAAAAUGCAUAGAUAAAUGAGAAAACGAGGUAAAUUUCUGGAUAGUCAGAUAAUUUACGACGCUCUGACAAACGAUGAAGUUGUCUUGUAUUGAGAAAAAUGCUAAUUUUGCGACGAUCUGUACAAAAUUUCAAUUGUGCCAGUUCUUGCGAGAAAGGAAGUUAGCUUGAACACGUAAGACAACAUAAAAUUUCAGUUUCUUGUUACUAUGAAGUGUUACAUUCUCGAUGAUACUCUCAUCUAAAAUUCACCAUCAAAGAUUUACACUGAGGUUAGUUUUCGCAGAAAAAGAUAACCAAGGACGGUUCACAAACAAUGCAGAUACUUUCCCUAGUUUUCAAAAGCAUGUAACAAUCACUGGGAUUUACUUGACAAAACUUGUGAAAAAAGAUCAAUGGAUAGAAUUUGUUGAAGGAAGCUUUGUUGAACGCGGCUACUAAUUUUAGGAUUUCCUAUGGAAUUUUGUAUCAAUCUGAACAAAAUUUUACUUGCACCAGUCCCAGUGAGAAGAUAAGUUAGCUUGGAAAUGUAAACAGGAUGUCAUCACAAUUUUAUGUGACAAUGACAUAAUACAUUUAUAUAAUACCCUACUUGGCUUUUCAGCAGCAGAAAAUUAGUGACAUAAGAUUUUCCAGGAGUUUUUUUGCCCUGCUUUUUACUAGGAAUACGCAUUGUCAAAUGCAUUAUCCAUUUCAAGUUGUACAUGCGUAGUAAACUGAUAAAUGCCUGGAACUGAGACAUACUGGAGAACAGGCUGACUCUGCUGAUGGGAUUACUUAUUUGUUAACUAUCUGCUUAAAGCUUAGUGAUAACGUUGAUACUUAAAUAAAAUUAUUCACGUUUUUUGAGUAA